AUGCGUAAAAUUUGUUCUCUCACGCCAACUGUAAGCAUUCAAUGGUUAAAUACAGAUCCCAAACCUAGUAUUAUUGUUGAAUGGUAUCAUCUUGGUAAUCCAGCAGUUAAACAAUAUGUUCUCCUUUUAGAUAAUAAAGAAGUACAUUAUAUACGUGAUCCUUCAAAAGCUGAUGUGUAUAAAGUCUGUAUCGACAGUUUUAAAUUUGACAACGAGCCUACUGAGCAUACUGUUCAAAUUAUAGCAAAGCUUAAUAAUGAUAAAGAACCAUAUCAAUCAGAUCUUUUUAAAGUUACUAUCCCUAAUAAAAUGACAAAGAAUACUCAAGUUAUAGCCAUUUCUAAAUUAGAAGAAAAAACAGAAAACGAAGAAGAAGAAGAAGAAGAAGAUCAAAAGAAAUCAUCACCAACAGUGACUACUCCAUCUGCAAAUAAACAGUCUGCAAACAAACCACAACCACGUGUUCUAAAAUCACCGACCCAGACGACACAGAACCGAAAAUCUGAUACAAAAUACAUAAAUCUUUCUUGCGGUUGCCAACAACCACAUAAAGAAUUUCCUGGAAUAGGUCAUUAUCUUGCAAUCAAUGAUGAUGAUGAUAUUAUGCAAAAAAAAUUCUCUCAAUAA